CAUGACGUCAUCCUGCCAACAAAGUAGGCUAUUCCAAAACUGAACGGCGAUAUUUUCCUUCCUAAGAAAAUGUACCCGGGAUUUAAACUACAAUUUCUAUAUACGUUUCUUGUAUUCGUAGAAUAAAUACCCCUGAAUGUAACACACACUGGAUCACUGUGAGAACUUUCUGGGAAAUAAAGAAGAAAUAACGACGACACAACAAUUAGAUGGAGGAGCUGGAAGGUACAGAUGGACGCCACUGUGCGGGUUGCGGGGGAACAAUUCAAGACACAUUCAAUGUGAAGGUUCUUCAAGGAACUUGGCACAAUGCCUGUUUUCAGUGCUCAGAGUGCUGUGACCACCUGACCAACUGGUACUAUGAGAAGGAUGGAAAGCUGUACUGCCGUAAACACUACUGGGAGAAGUUUGGAGAGCUGUGUCACGGCUGUUCUCUGCUCAUGACUGGACCUGCCAUGGUGGCCGGAGAAUACAAGUAUCACCCAGAGUGCUUUGUGUGUCUGAGCUGCAAAGUUGUCAUCGAGGACAGGGACACCUAUGCCCUGGUGGAGCGCUCCAAACUGUACUGUGGGAAGUGCUAUAAGCAGGUAGUCCUGGCACCCGUGUUGGAGAAGCGUUCAGCCGACUCGUCCCUGGACUCUCUGCCCCACACGGUCACCCUCAUCUCCAUGCCCUCUGCCACCAACAGCAAGAGGGGCUUUUCUGUCUCUGUCAUAGGGGACGCGGCCAGCGGCUUGGCUAGCGUGCAAGUCAAAGAAGUCCGAGGGAUGCAUAUCAGCCCGGAGGUUCGGGAUGCCAUCCACGUUGGUGACAGGAUCCUGGAGAUCAACGGUCUUACUGUGGGGACACUGGUGGAGGAAGAGGUGGAGGACCUCAUCCAUCGGACCAGUCAGACACUGCAGCUGCUCAUAGAGUAUGAUCCAGUCAGGCAGCGGUUGGACAGGCUCAGACUGGGGUCCUCGCAAAACCGCUUGGGGGUCCCCGCCACCUCCCGCAUGCGCCUGUCUUCGCCCUCUAACAGUGUUCUGGAGAGGACAGACGUGGUGGAUGACGGCACCCUAAAGAGGAGGUCUCUAAGGCGUAGCAACAGCAUCUGUAAGUCCCCUGGGCCAACCUCCCCUAAGGAACACCCUAUCCUGACCCGGGACAUUGGGCGCUCCGAAUCCCUGCGCUCCUCCAGCAGCUGCUCCCAUCGCAUCUUCCGCCCCUGUGACCUCAUCCACGGAGAAGUGCUGGGCAAGGGCUUCUUCGGCCAGGCUAUCAAGGUAACCCACAAAGCCACUGGUGAGGUGAUGGUGAUGAAGGAGUUGAUUCGCUGUGAUGAGGAGACGCAGAAGACCUUUCUAAAGGAGGUCAAAGUGAUGAGGAGUCUGGAACAUCCCCACGUGUUGAAGUUCAUCGGUGUGCUAUACAAGGACAAGAGGCUGAAUUUAAUAACCGAGUUUAUUGAGGGAGGCACACUGAAGGAUUUCAUUGGAGACAUGGACCAGUUUCCAUGGGAGCAGAGGGUUAGUUUCGCCAAAGGCAUUGCUUCUGGAAUGGCUUACUUGCAUUCAAUGAGCAUCAUCCACAGAGAUCUUAACUCUCACAACUGCCUGGUGAAACUGGACAACACAGUGGUGGUGGCAGACUUCGGCCUAUCCCGGCUCAUGGUGGAGGAGGUCAAGCAACCUCCCCCUGAGAAACUGGUCAAUAAGAAGAGGGUUUUCAGGCGCAUUGACCGUAAGAAGCGCUACACGGUGGUGGGGAACCCCUACUGGAUGGCUCCAGAGAUGCUGAAUGGUAAACGCUAUGAUGAAAAGGUGGACAUUUUCUCCUUUGGGAUUGUGCUUUGUGAGAUUAUUGGGCAGGUGAAUGCAGACCCAGAGUGCCUUCCCAGGACCUAUGACUUUGGCCUGAAUGUAGACAAGUUCAUGGAGAAGUUUCUCCCUGACAACUGCCCUCCAGCUUUCUUCCCAUUGGCUGUGGCUUGUUGUGACCUCAUCCCUGAAAACAGGCCUGCCUUCCAGAAGCUGGAGGACUGUUUUGAGGCCCUGUUCCUUAACCAGGAGAUGGGCAUCCGUCUGCCAGCCGAACUGGAAGAGCUGCACCAGAAACUGUGUCGACUCCACCCUCCAAAAGAAAGCUCCUCGCUCCCAGCUCCCCAGAGCACAGUCCCAACACCAGCCCCUCCAGAGGAGUCCAGCCUGGCUGACAAUGGCACCUAGCAGACGCCUGCCCCUCUGGAUCCCCAAGCCCUCCCUCUAAGACCGCAGCCUGGACUGCACUAACACAGCUGGAGGAGGGGUGGGGAAGACAAACCUAACUCAUGCCAUCUGGGAACUGGAUAACCUGAGCUAGCUGGACCAAGCUCCUCUCUCUGUGUGUUAUGUUGAUAUGGUCUGUAGUGGAUGUGUAUGAGUGACCAUACAGCUCUGAGAGCACCAAGGAACUGCAGUGUGUGUAGACUGGAGACAAGGGAGGAGACACAUUUUAAUGAGAAGACUAGAGGUGUUUGGUAUUUAUUUUUGUCCUGUUACAUUUUUUAAAUGCUUUUUUUUUUGCACACACCAGGACAUGCAAGGUUUUACACAUCUGUUUGCCAUGCUAUCAGAUCCUGUUAUGUGGUUGGUUCUCUGCUCUCUCAAUAUGAUUCCUUAUUUUAUCGAGACAAUCUCUCCACAGCAUUUAAUAUCAAUCCUCAUGUGAAAGCUGUUGUGUUUUUCACGGACUGUUUUUAUCUCGUCGGGUGGGUCUUAAGUUGUAGUGUGGAUUGUGGAGAGAAGACUCGCUCAGCAGGCAACAGCAGUGAAAAUCGAGAUGUGUGACAGGCUAGCUGAUUGACGGAGUUAACCCAGGGCAGAGCAUUUGGAGUGAAGUUUGUUUACCAACAGGAGGACAGAGGGGUAUCCUACGAAGCAGAUUUGAGUAGUUCGCAAGGUUACUUUGGUCAACUCGGAAUAACUGGUCAUACGAAGGUGAUUCACCUUUUGUCCAGGUAAAUUUCUAUGACAAUGAAUCCUUCAGAACUAACCUUUUCCGGGUCAGGCUAAUUCAGUUAACUCUGCUUAACUGAAACGACUGAGCCACGAGUUGAGGACUGCAUCGUUAUCCCUUUCAAUUGGAGGAAGACGACUGAUUAAAAUGUAUCACAUUACACAUUUAUUACUGACGGAAUGCAUUUACAUUUUCCAGCACAGGACCACUUAAUGCAGAUUUAAUGCAGUUAUUUUAUCGAUAGGAGUGGGGAAAGAAAGACGGUUGUGCAUUGAUAAGCACACCAAAGUCUGCAUUAACGAUAAGUAAUAAAUAUACCAUAGCCUGCUGAAUUAGCAAGAUACCUUUUAUUUUAGUUUGACUUCAGCACAAAUUAAAAUGUGGCACUGACAUGCCCAUGGAUCGAAGUUUUAGCAUUGUCGCAAUGACGAGUUCGGCAUUCAACUAGCCAUGUGCAACAUGCACUCGCAGUUACAAGCCUGCUAGAGUUAGUGGCAGGCGGACAAGCAAUAUCCACUGUCAUAGUACGGAUGAAGCCUGAGCUGGAAUGUGAAGCUAACUGAAACUAGUUAGCUUUAGAAAACGCUAAGUAGAUUUAGCUUGCUUUGUAGGAUACCCCUUUGGCGUGAAGAGCACAGCAGGGACCAAACAAGCACUCUCUGAGGAGGCCACACACUCACACCAGUCAGAGAAAUAUGUGGAGCUGUGUCAAAGGAAUGUCAUGAGCUCACUGACCAGGAAAAUCCUCGUCAAACAGUGAUUCAACUUGAAAUGUGACCUUGAUUUUUAGAGAACCUCCCAGCUUCACUGAUGGCAUCAGAUUCACUCUACAACUGUUAACAGUAAUCAUCCUUUAGUCUUAUUGUCAUGUGGUUUGUGGGGCAUCUACUAAUGUAAAGUUACUGUAGAGGGUGGACAUGGUAGUGUAUAGAUUUUCUUACAAUUAACAAAAUGUUUUUAAUCCACUAAAUUAACUCUGAAUUUGUUUUGUCCAUGUGCACAUGGACAGAUUUAAAAUUGUAUAAUGAUUUGAGAAUUUGGAGCUAUUGACAGAUUUGGAGUUUGUUAUAGGAUGAAUAGUGUUUUUACAUGCAGAACAAUUUUAGAACCAGACUGGUACCUGGUGCUUGUUGAUAAGGACCACUCAACUCUGAUUGGACAGCAUGAACCAGGUGUGUACUUAAUGUAGCUCUGCUCUCAAAGGCAUUGUACAACUUACUAAAAAUGGCUCUGUUUACACAGGCAACCCAAUUAUGAUCUUUUUCCCACAUUCGUCUUGACCAAUCACAUCAGGUAGCCUAUCGGUUAAGAGCAUUGGACCAGUAAGACAUCUGGUUCAAUUCCCCGAGCUGACUAGGCAAAAUCUGUCUGUGCCCUUGAGCAAGGCAUUUAACCCUAAUUGCUCUGCUAAAUGUAUAUUUUUCAGAUCUGUUUGGUCAAAGGACAAAUUAGUAAAAUAUCUAAAUUGGGCUGCUUUUGUAAACCCUGACAAAGUGAAUUGUAGUUAAAUAAAACUGGAUUUAUAUAUUUAAGUUGGCUGUAAGAAAUGUAUAUAUGCCUAAGGGAAUCAAGGGUUUGUAGAUUUUGUUUAGACAUGAACAAUAUUUGUAGAAUAUGGAGAUUAAAAUAAACAUGGUUUUGUUUGCUAGCAUAAUCUAAGGUACUGAUUUGUACACAUUGUAAUCACUUAUCACCAUGAUGUUGAAUGAAUACAAUUCAUUUUUUGCUAAUAUACUAACUUUAAAGAUGCACACAAACCCUACUCUCUUUGUAAAUGAAUGUGUAGAUGACCACUAGAGGGUGGUAGUGUAUAACUUUGCUCAUGGGAUGGGUGAAUCUUAAACCUGAUAGUCUUGUUGAAUUCCCAGUGAGCAUGAGUCACUCACUUUUAGCAGGUUUCAGCUAAAUUAAGGAACUCAUUUGUAUUCAUUUAAAAGGUGAGGAAUGAGGAUGCAGUUAUGCUUUUUCAAAGUACAUUCUAUUGAAAUCUGCCAAACUUACAAAUACAAGUACUCAUUUCCAAUGAUUAGCAACAGUGAAGAAACUUUUUUUUUAAUCAGCAUUGCACCAAAACUAAGGAACCAAUGAUUGAAGAGUAAUCCAGUGAUGCAGAAUGACAACCAUUUCAAAGAUGUCUAAAUCACAAAAGACAACAAUUUGGAGUGAUGCAAGAUAUUGCAUUAGCAGAAAAGAGCAAUCAUGUAAAGCAGAAAGAUAUUACAUUUAAUCCCAACAAGAGAUUGUUGGUCAAUAACGCAUUACAUUUUCUAACCAACUGUGGCAUUAAUUUCAGCAUCCUGUUUCAAAACAUGCAACAGGCUGCUUAUUAUGCAAUUAUUCCAUCCUGUACAUAUCAUAUGGUAGGUUACCUCAGUUUGACUCAUAUCCUGUUUACCCUUUUGCUUUGCUCGUCUGCUUGCCCUGACGUUUGGGACGAAUUCAAAUCUAAUGCCCCAGGCUUCAACUUUUAAACAGACUUCUGUUCUGCCCAAGUGUCAUUCAGACAGCCUCUGUCCGGUUCUAGCCAGACUUCAGACUAAGCUGUAUUCUGUUUCACAGCUGUGCUGCGGCAUUUCCUCCUGAGAACAGACUCUCCGAUUUACAAAGACGUCUCCCUUUUCCUGUCAGUUUCUAACCUAAGGAACCAUACAGCCUGUCCUCAUGUAAAGCCACCGACUCCUGAUGUUUCUAGUUACUGCACAUUGGUUUCUAUCACCCAGCCUUAUGAGUUAAACAGAAGGGUCACCAUGUACAAAUACAUUCAUUAUGCUAAGGCAACGUCACAGCUUCAGAGAGCAGGAGAUGUUUCCUUUUCUUUUGCAGAUCUGACAUGAAUGUUCCCUCAUGCUAAUUAUUACUCCACAUCUGUUCCAACGGCCUUUAAGAUGUCUAACGCAGAUGUUUAACAGGGCUAUCCUAUUCCUAUACUAGAUGCCCUCCCCAGACCCGCCCUAGCACAGCCAAAAGGGCCAGGGGACGUGUAGCAUUGUUUUCUCAGGUAAGCCCAUAACACCAAACUGCCGAACACCUCAAUAUAAAAAAAGAAGUCACGGCUAUGAAUUCCCCCUUUCCAAACACUGUCUCCUACUCUUCAUCCAAAGCUUAUAACAUCACCCUCCAUCAUUAAUGUUGAUUGAUGCACAUCCCAUUCACAAGACAAUCAUACUGCUAUAGCAGAGCGUCAGCCCGUGAUCAUGUUUUCUUGGAUAUGAAAUUCUUAAUGAGCAUCCCUGACAUGCACUUUUGUACACAACCCUCCCCGAUUGGUCUCCACGUGGAGUGAAAUUAGUCCUUCAGCUCCACCUGUUGUCAUCUUUUCCCCUGUUGGUGACACUUGUGUUAAAACCAGGGCAAUAAGGACACAAUUUAGUCUUUGGAGCUCAGCCCUGCUCCCCUUCUCCUCA